GAUAUUGGCCUGGCGCUUAUCCCCCCCGCGCCUCCACCACCCGCCGCCGCCGCCAUUUACUCCACCACCACUCCCUCCCCCUUUCCCCCCUCCCCAGAUCCAGAUCUGAACCGCCGCCCGCCGCCGAGGGGCCAUCAGCGAUGGAGGCGAGGAAGAGCGCGCCGGGGCAGCCGUGGUCGGACGGCGAGACCAUGCACCUCAUCGACGUCUACGAGGACCGCUGGACCAAGCUGCGCCGGGGCCAGCUCAAGGCGCACCAGUGGGAGGACGUGGCUGGCGAGGUCACCCGCCGCUGCGGCGGCCAGCGCAAGACCGGCACCCAGUGCCGCCACAAGCUCGAGAAGCUCCGCAAGCGCUACCGCACCGAGGCCGCCCGCCCCGUCACCUCCCUCUGGCCCUUCUUCCGCCGCAUGGAGCGCCUCGAGCGCGGCCCCGUCCCCGUCUCCACCAACUCCUUCCCCGCCUCCCCGCCCGCCUCCGACGACGACCAAGACCAGGACCUGGACCCGGAGGAGGAAGAAGAAGAUGAAGAGGAGCAGGAGGAGGAAGACGAGGAGCAGGAGGAGGACCAAGAAGAGGAGGAGGAGCAAUUGCUCGUCGCCAGGAACACCGGCAGCCACACCAGGAGCAUCAACGGCCUCGUGCGCGACGCCGGCGGCUUCAGGGGCCAUCAGCAGCAGCAGCAGCAGCAACGCCGCCCUUCGCCGCCGGCUGUGACACUGUCCACCGCGCCUCCGCGCAAGAGGGUCUCCUACGAGGCCGCCAUGUUCCAGUCCAAGGCCGCCGCUGCAGACAGGGCCAUCAAGGCCGAGGAGGCUCCCGCCGUGGACCACGGCUCCGUAGCAGGCGUGCUGAGGGACAUCGGCGAGGGAAUCAAGCGGCUGGAGAGGCGGAGAAUGGAGGUGCAGUGGGAGAUUGAGCAGGGUUGGAAGGAGACGGAGGCCCGCAGUAAUCAGAUGCUCCAGGACGCCCAGCGGCAGUUACAGGACACUCUCGCCGCACUGCCGCCGCCGGGGAAGAAGGCCAGGAGGGACCAUGGCAGCAGUGCAGACGGCUUGUAGGUAGCUAGCUAGCGAUCGAUCAAUCGAUCAGGGGACAGAUAGGCUGAAGCUGUUUAUUUUCUUAUCUGGUGGUAGUGAAGGGAGGGAAAGAGAUUGUUCCUAGUCUUCAUCCUCUGCUCAGGAUGUAUGUAUUUAGUUCUCGUCGUGAACGAUUCUGACCAUUGUUGCUUGGAGUACUUCGGUACGCAUGGCAAACCAUGCUUCUUACCAGACCAGUUGCUUACUUCAGUCUCUA